AUGCCAAUCCAAUCCCGGGAUUCGCUCCAAAGCCAGCCUAGAGAAUCCACAGGCGAGUCUGCAACCUCCAUGGUGUCGGCAGCAUCCGCAGUGACGGCAGAGUCGGCAGAUUCAGCAGGAACGGCCGUGGGGAGGACGAUCAGCAGCAGCAGCGGCGGCGGGGACGGCGAUUUCAUGACGCCCACAGGCGGCAACACGCCGUCCAGCGCCACCAGCUACGGCUCCGACUCCUCCUCGGGGGGCUUUGUGCUGCGUCCGUUCGCUGCUGGGCCUCGGGAGUUCCGCACCAUCGCCCAGGGCAUCCUGAAUAAGGUGAACCUAAGUGGGGAGCUGCGGGAGCUGCUGGAGGAGGAGCUCGUGCAGCUGCAGGAGCUGCUAGCUCGGUCGCGAGACGAGGAGGAGAGGCUCCGAGCCAAGCUGCAGGGCGACGAGCAGCAGUGGCAGCAGCAGCUGCGGGAAUCCGCAGCCGCUUUAGCAGCCAAGGAGGAGGAAUCCAGGGUUCUGCUAGCUCGGGUGGAGGAGGGGGAGAGGGAGAGAGAGAGGCUCCGGGCAGAGGCGGAUGCGGCGAGGCUUGAGGCUGCGAGUGCAGGUGAGAAGCUAGCUGCGACCAAGGAUAAGCUGGGAGUGGCGAUUAGGAAGGGGAAGGAGGUGGUGCAGCAGCGGGAGGCGCUGAAAGGGACUCUGGCGGAGGAGACUGCUGUGCUGGAACGGUUAAGGGAGGAGCUGGAGCGAGAGAGAGAGGGGAGGAGGGACGCGUUGAAGGCUGUGGAGGUGAAGGAAGGGGAAGUGGCGGAGGGGAGACGGAGGGUGGGUGAACUGGAGGGUGAAUUGGAGGAAGGGAGGAAGAGGGUGGAGGAGUUGGAGGCAGCAGUUGCUGCAGCUGAGGGGAAGGCGGCAGGGAUGGCGGAGGAAGGCGGGGAGAGGGUUAGGGAGAUGGAGGAGAGGGUGAGGGAGGCGGAAGAGAGGGUGCGGGUGGCGGAAGAGGAGGUAGCUGAGGUGAAAAGGCAAGCGGCGGAAGGGAGGGAGCGUGCUGUGGAGCUUCUAGGGCAGGUGGCGGAGAGAGAUGCGCUCCUGGCGAGGAGAGGAGAGGAGUUGAGGGAGGUGGAGAGGCGCGAGAGGGAACUGGAGAGAAGGGUUGCGGAGGAGAUGGAGAGGAGGAUUGAGGAGGGGAGGGAGGAGGGGAGGAGGGAAGUGGAGAGGGAGGUGGGGGUGUGGGAGGGUAGGGUAGAGGAGGAGAGGAGUAAGGCGGAAGAUGCUAUGAAAAAGGCGGAGUGUUUGUCUAAGGAGGUGGAUCAGUUACAGGAGAGGGUUGCAGAGACAGAGGGGCAGUUGGUUGCUUUGCAGACAGAACUUGCUGCAGCGAAGGGGGAGGUAGAGGAGAAGGAGGGAUCGGUGUCAGGGUUAGAGGUGAGCCUGAGUGGGGAGAGGGAGAGAGUGAGACAGCUGGAGGAAAUGGUGGGGACGCUGAGAGGGGAGGUUCAGGAGGCGCAGAAGGCAGGUGGUUCAGAAGCAGACGCGAGAGAAAGGGCGAGAGAGAGGGAGAGUGUGCUGACUCGAGAGUUGGAGUCGUUGCAAGCACAGAAAGAGGCGCUGGUGGGUGCUGUGGAGGAUGAGAGGGCGAUGAGGGAAGAGGCGGAAGAGGCUAAGAGGAGGGUGGAAGGAGAGAAGGGAGAGGUGGUGGAGAAGCAGGGGGAGCUGGAAGCAAGAGUGGAAGAUUUACAGGGGAAGCUGGAUGAGAUGAAUUUACAGGCUAAGGGCUGGGAGGAGCAAGUGGAGGGGCUUAAAGCUGAAGUCGUGGGUUGGCAGGCGAGGUUUGCUGGUCGGGAGCAGGAGUUUGCAGGUUUGACUGCCGAAGCUGAGGCACGGUUGGAAGAGGUUCGGCAGGAGCUGGAGGGGAUGCGAGGGAGGGAGAAGGAGUGGGAAGGGAGGGUUGGGGAGGUGGAGGAGAGAGUGAGGGAGGGUGAGAGAGCGUUGCAGGAGAGUGAGAGGCUGUUGCAGGAGGUGAGGGAGAAGGGGGAGGGGCUUCAGAAGGAGCUCAGUGAGAUGGAAGAGAGAGCAAAGGAGGCUGAGGAACGGAAAAAGGAGGCUGAAGCAAGAGUUGAGGAGGCUGAGAGAAGGAGGAAAGAGGAAGAAGCUAGAUCGAGUGAGCUGUUGCUGCAAGUGGAGGAAGCCAGGAGGAGAGAGAGUGAGGUGAGCGAGGGGAGGGGUGGUGAGAGUGAGGUUGAGGCAUGGAGGGCUGAGUGGAAGGCUGAAGAGGCGUUGCUGCUGCAGAAGCAGGCUGAGAUAGAGGGGCUUUUGGUUGCUAAGGGGCGAGAAUUUCUGGAGCUGAAGGGAGAGUGGGAGAGGGAGAGGGAUGCUUGGGCAACCGAGAGAGGUGAGUGGGAGAGAAAGGCGAAGGGAUGGGCGAUGGAGAAAGAAGAUUUGCUUGGGAGGCUGCAGGGGGAAAGAGAAAAGUGGGAGGAGGAGCAGGGUAGGGUGGAGGAGAGUGAGGGGCAGUUACAGGAACAGGUGGAGGCGGAGAGGAGGAAAGUGGCCGGGUUGAGAGAGGAGAGAGAGCAGCUUCGGAAGAGGUUGGAGGGAUUGGAGGAGGAAGUGGAGCAGGUGCAGGAAGAGGUGGCAGCGGAGAGGCGGAAGGUGGAGGAGUUGAGAGGGAGUUUGGAGGAGGAGGAGAGGCGGUGUGGGGAGAUGGUGAGUGAGUUGCAGGCUGUGGCGGAGGGGAGGGAGGAGGAGAGGAAGCAAGUGGCGGGGCUGACAGAGGAGAAGGAGCAGCUGGAAAGGAGGGUGGAGGGUUUAGAGGAGGAAGUGAAGCAGGUGCAGGGCAAGAUGGAUGAGGUGGAGGAGGAGAAGGGGCAGCUACAGAGUAAGGUGCAGGGGCUGGAGGGGGAGGUGGAGCAGCUGCAGCAGAAGGUGCAGGCAGCAGAGCGGAAGGACGUGGUCACUCUCGCAAAGGUAGUUGCCAGCGAGACAGCCGCAGAGGAAGCAACCAGGCAGCUUCAAUCAGCCCAAGCCGCCCUCGAGGCAAAGCAAGUUGAACUGGCCGCCCUGCAACAGCAAGCAGAGGAGCUGGAAGAAACCCUAGAGCAGCGCGAGACAGAGCUUGAAUCCCUAAAAUCAGACAUCUCGGCGCGAGAGAUGAUCUGGCGUGCGUCGCAAGAUGCAGAGGCGAAGGCAGCAGAGGAUGCUAUUGCGGUGGAGGCAGCUGCUGCAAGGGAGAUGGCGGAGAGAGAGAGGGAUAAGGUGAAGGAGGAAGCUGAGGCGGAAGCAGCGGCUUUGAGGAAGGUUCUGGGAAUGCGGGAGUCGCAGCUGGAGAAGCUGCAGGCUCGGGUGGCCGAGGCUGAGGAGGUGGUUCGGGAGCUGGAGGAGGCUCGGGUGGAGCUCGAGAAAGCUCAGGGGGAGGUGGUUAGGGUUAGGGAGGAGAUGGGGGGAGAGAUGGAGAGAGUGAGGGAGAACAGUGUGAGAACAGAGGAGGAGGUGGAGAAGCUUAGGGCUGCUUUGGAGGGGUAUAGAGAGGAGGUGGAGGAGGGAGAGAAAAAGGUGAGUGAGUGUGAGAAGAGGCUAGAAGAGAGUGAGAAAGAGAGGAGGGCCGCUCUGGAGAAAAUGGAUUCGUUGCUUGGAGAGCUGAUGGAGAAGAGUGAGGAGAAUGAGAGGGUGAGAGAGGAGGGCGCUAGGCUGAAAGAGGAGGCCUGCCGGUUGAGGGAGCAGGCUAGUAGGCUGGAAGAGGAGCUGAAAGGGCGUGACGAGGAGAUUAGUAGGCUGAAACAGGAGGUUUUAAAGGUAAGUGCAAGUGCAGGAGCUGAUGGGGAGAGGGAGCGGAUGGAGGAGGAGGUAGUGCGACUUACUAGGGACGUAGAGCAGAAGGGAGCAUUGCUGAAGGUCGCUGAAGACGCAAGGGCAGCAGCUGAGGCGAAGAACGCGAGCCUGGUGAAGAAGGCGAAGGAGAGGAUCGAAGGCAUGAAGCAGAAGGCUGCAGUUGAGGCCCAGGCUGCUGCAGACGCGAGAGCCGAGGUUGAUCGACUGAAGCGGCUUCUGGAGGGGGGAGAGGGCAGAGGGCGAGGAGGGGGGGAAGAGGGAGGAGAGGGUGGGGCAGGGGAGAUAAGAGCAGAGGCGAAGGCAACGAAUGUUGAGGACGCGGCCGAGAUAGAGGGGCUUCGUGCCAAGGUCUCUCUCCUUGAAACGGAGCUGUCUCAGUUGAAGCAAGGGGAGCGGAGCGGGGCAGGAGCAGGGGGAGAAGGAGCAGCAGGGGCGGCAGCAGGGGCAGCAGCAGAGGCAGCAGCAGAGGGGGAGCGGGUGAGGGAGUCACUGAAGCAGGCACAGGAGCAGGUGGCGGGGGUGAGGGAGAAGCUAAGCAAGGCUGUGCGCAAGGGCAAGGCAAUCGAGCAGCAGAAGCUGAAGCUCGAAGCAGACAUCGCUGCUGCCAGGGCUGAGAUUGACGCUCUCAGGACGAGCACUGGGGCAGGCGCAGGGACAGGGGUAGGAACAGGGCUAGGGGCAGCUGUAGCAGCAGCCGCAGGGGCAGGCGGAGGUGUAGCAGCAGGGGAGCAGGUAGACGAGCUGAGAGGAUUGUUGGCUGAGGCAGAAGAGGCGAGGAGGAAAGAGGUAGAGGCGAGGCAGAGAGAGGAGGAGGCGAAGAGGAAAGAGGAGGAGGCGAGGAGGAAGGCUGAGGAGAGGCUGAAAGAGACAGUGGCUAUGAUGGAAGGAGUGACAGAUGCUCUUGCGGGGCGAGAGAAGGAGUGUGAGGAGCUAAGUAACGAACUUACUGAGCUAAGAAAGUCUCUUAGCAGCGCUCAGGAGGAGGUUGCUAGGCUGAUGGGGGAAGUGGAUAGGUUGGAGGAGGAGGGUGGGAGGGAGAGGGCGGAUGCAGAGGAGAGAUUGGAGAAGGUGAAGAGGGAGAGUGAAGAGAUGGAGGGGUUUAAGAAUGGGAAAAUAGCGGAGGUGGAAGAGAUGUUGGCUAUAGUUGAAACGGAUCUUGCUGUAGCGAGGCGGAGAGUUGAGGAGCUGGAGAGGGAGAAAGCGGAGGUGGAGAAGGGGAGGGAGGAGAGGGAGAGGCGAGUGAGGGAGUUGGAAGAGGAAGUGGGGAAGUCGGGAGAGGAGGGGAGGGGAUUGGGGUUGGAGCUAGAGAGAGUGAGGGAGGAACUGAACGAGUGGAGGGGGGUGGCUGAGGAGAGGGGCAGGGAUGUGGAGGGAAUGAGGAGGGAAGUGGAGGAGGCGAGAGAGGAGAGGGAGGAGAGGGGGAAGGCGUUGGUGGGACUUGAGGAGAGAGUGAGGGAGUUGCAGGGGGAGCUGGAGGAGGAGAGGAGGAGGCGGGAGGAAGAAGAGGUGAAGAGAGUGGAAGAGGAGAGGAGGAGGGAGCAGGAGGAGAAAGCGAGGACGAGUGAGGGGGAGGGGGAGAAAGAGGUUGGAGACGCACGGGCACAGUUGAUGGAGAAAGAGGAGUGGUUGAGAGCGGUAGAGGGGCAGUUGAAGGAGGUUCAGUCCCAGCUUGCAACGGUUGAAGAGCGGUUGGUGGCGAUACAGGGCGAGAAGGAAGUAGCAGAGGAGAGAAUACGAGAGCUGGAGACUGAGAGAAGCGCGAGGGAAGAGAGAGUUUGUGUACUAGAGGAUGAGAAGGCAGGUUUGGCUAGGGAGUUGGAGCAGGAGAGGGAGAGGAGAGAGGAAGCGGAUAGGAAUCUAGUGGGAGUGCAGGGUGGGUUGGAUGAGGAGAGGGAGGCGAGGAGAGUGGCAGAAGCUGAGCUGGAUAGUGUACGUUCUGAGCUGGCAAGUGCUCGUGAUGAGCUGGCACGUGUCCGUGCUGAGCUGGCAACGGCUGGUCGUGAUGAGGAGAGGAAGGAUGAAGGUGAAGCAGGAAGCAGUGGGGAGGAUGCUGAUGCAGUGGCUGUGAGAGAGAGAGUGAGGGAGCUGGAGGAGAGAGUGAGGGAGGAGGAGAAGAGAGUGAAGGAGGAGGGGGAGAGAGUGAGAUUGCAGGAGGAAAGACUGAGGGAGAAAGAGGAGAGAGUGAGGGAGGAGGUGGAGAGAGUGAGGGAGGAGGGAGAGAGAGUGAGGGAGGAGGGAGAGAGAGUGAGGGAGGAGCGAGAGAGAGCCAAGGAGCUGGAAGUGAAAGUGGCAAAAUUGGAGGGUGAAUUAGCAGAGCUGCAGUUGCAAUUAGAAAAGGAAAGGGAGGAAUGGAAUGUCACAAAGGAACAGCUUGGAGCAGAUAACGAACGAGCUUGUAACGAGGCUAAAGAGCAAAGGGACCAAGCAUCCCAACUGAGGACUUCCCUCUUGGAGCUUGAAGCACAGAGGGAUGCGUGGGCAGUUGAAAGAGAUGCUCUUGUAGCAGCAGAGCGGCAGGUGCAGGAUGAGAAGCGGGGUUUGGAGGAGCUGGUUGCGGUGCUGAGAGGUCGGAUUCAGGAGGUGGAGGCAGAGAGGGAUGGGUUGCAGGCAGCUGUUGGUCGGCUGGAGGGAGAGAAGGGGGACUUGCAGGAAGCAGUGGAGUGUUUGGAAGGGGAAAAAGGGCGAUUAGAAGGGGAAAGGACUGGUUUAAUGGCGGAAGUUUCUCGUUUGGAAGCAGAGAAGGAGGGUGCUCAGAUGGAGGAAGAGCGGUUGCGAGGUGAAUUGGAAGAAGAGAGGAGGAGAGCGGAGAGUGCGAGGGAGGAAGGUGAGGAGAGGGGGAGGAGGGUAGGUGAGCUGGAAAGAGUGGUUGAGGUCUUGAGGGGCGAGAUGGAAGAGAUGAGAAGGGAGAGGGGGGAGAGGGGGGAGAGGGGGGAGAGGGGGGAGAGAAGGGAGAGGGGGGAGUGGAGGGAGAGGGGGGAGAGGGGGGAGAGGGAGGAGAGGGAGGAGAGGGAGGAGGUGAGUAGGGAUGAAGUGGCUAAGGGUGAGAAGGAGUGGAGAGUAAAUGAAUUGGAGCGAGCCUUGCAAGAGAAGGAAGGAGAGGUGGAGAGACUGGUGAAGGAGGUGCGAGAAAAGGAGUUGAUAAUUGAGGAGUUGAGAGUGCAGGUUGGGGAGAGGGAUGGGGACCUUGAGAGGCUGAGGCAGGAGGUGGGGGAGAGGGAAUCGAUGAUGGGGGAGUUGAGAGAGCAAGUUGGGGAGAAGGAACGGGAGAUUGCGAAGUUGAAGAGCGAGGUUGGGGAGAGGGAUGGGGAGGUAGAGAGGCUGAGGCGGGAGGUGGGGGAGAAGGAGGCAGCAGUGGCGUCGGUGGCGGCGGCACGCAGCAAGGCAGUGGAGAAGCUGAAGAUGAUGGUUGAUAAGCUCAAGGAGGUGCAAGCACAGUCAGAGGCAGUGGUGCAGGAAGCAGAGAUGAGACUGGAGGAGAAGGACCGGGAGAUUGAAGAGAGGCUGAAUUCGGAGGCAGUGGUGCAGGAGGCAGAGAUGAGACUGGAGGAGAAGGACCGGGAGAUGGAGGAGCGGCUGAGAGAGAAGGAUAAGGAGCUGCAGGGGGUGUGGGACCUUGAUGGUGGUGCUGCUGCUACUGGUGCUGUUGCUGGUGCUGGUAAUGGCGUUAGCAGUGAUGUUACGAAAGGUGGUGAGGGGGAAAGCAUGGCUGGUGGUGCAGCAGCUGGCACUUUGGCGCCACAACAGCAGAAGUCUGAGGCAGGCGGUGCUGCUCUUCCUGACGUGGCAGAGAAGGAUGCUGAGCUGGCAAGGCUGCGCGAUGAGGUGGCAGCAGCGGGCGAGGCGGUGAAGGUGCUUGAGGGGCAACUGGAGGCAGCAAGAAGGGAGGCAGAUGACCUGAAGCGCAAGGCAGUCCAGUCACCUCUGCCCUCUUCCUCCUCUUCCUCACAAUUAGCCUCAGCAUCAGCCUCCACUCUCCUGCCAGUCACCACGCAGAGGAAGGCAGCACCCGGGGGAGGUGCAUCCGACACGUCAGCAGAGUACCUGCCACUGCUGGCGCAGCAGCUCGCAACGUCAUCAUCCGCCUCGCUGGCGGGCCACACGGCGCUGCAGAUCUCUGACUCGUACCCCGAUGAUGAAGUGCACGGGUUCAAGUCAAUAGUCAGUGCCUUCCGUUUCCUGCCGUCCUUCCUGCACCCAGCCGCCAAGGGCAUCGACCGCCUAUGUGUGGCGGGAGGGCAGUCACUCAUGGCACGACCCAUGAUGAGGCUGCUGCUCGUGCUCUACUGGAUGGCCAUGCAUGCUGCCAUGCUUGCUAUGCUUGCCGCCCUCACUGUUGCCUGA